AGGUACUUUUUGCGAUAGUGCCAACAUUAGAGGGCGUACUUCAUGAUGGCGUCCGUGGACAUUAUUAAAGCUGGAGGAUUGCUUGUUUUCCGCAAGUUUAAGCAGGAAGUACAGUAUCUGAUGCUUCAGAAAUCGAGUAAUCACACGAGCUGGGCACCGCCGAAAGGUCACGUUGAUCCCGGCGAAACCGUCUACGAGACUGCCCUCCGAGAAACAGCAGAGGAGGCGGGGCUUCUGCCAGAGCACCUGAAUAUUCAUAAGGAUAUCUGCUGGACAAUCCGGUACCAGACCAAGAAAGCCAAACCCAAGGAGGUUGUCUUUUGGCUGGCCCAGAUGAAGGACUGUGGCACCCCAGUGGUUUUAUCCAAUGAGCACCAAGCUUACAAGUGGCUGGGCGUGGCGAAAGCCAGAGCGAUUGCUAAGUACAGGGACACCAAAGGCAUGUUGGAGGAGGCGGAAAAGUACAUCAACCAAUGACAUCAGUCAGCGAGUAAACGCCAAGAUAGAUAACCUCCUACCAAUACUACUUCCUGAUUUUACCAUUUUUUUAUCAGUCUUAGUGUGUGAGUGUGUGAUUUGAAGAUACAUUUAGAAAGUUGUUUUAAACUUUUUCAUGUCAUUGUGAAUUACCUCCCACCGAAAAUAAGUUUUGAAAAUCCUUUAAAUCGGAGUUGGGAAACACGAACAUACUUUUCUUGGAGCAGGUGCAAUUACUUAACUACUGUUUAAUUUGAAAGAUAUUCGUAACAAAUACUUAAAGGUGUACUGUCCUUGGUAUUUUAAAGUUUCAUCCUGAAAAAAAAAAGGUUUUUCUUCUAGCAAUAAACAAGAAACAUGUAGGCCUAUUCACUUUUGAAUGAGACAUGGACUGAAUAAAAACAAAUCAUCCCACAUUGUAGUUUACCAUUGAGUAAUUUCCUUAACACGGGGAGUACAUCUUUUAAAAAAAAUUGAUUUGGGAGUUUUUGUUUUUACCCAACAUGUUAAUGUCAGUGGUAAUUCAUGGAUCAUGCUUCCAACUAAAUCACGUAUUGAUUUAAAUACAUGUACCUAAAUAUUUAAUUUAAUAAUUCUUUGUGCCAACCUUUUUUAAAGACUAAAUUAUCUAAAUAAUUUAUUGAAAAACAUAUAUUAAAUGGUUUAAGCUUAAUUUUUGGUCUGAUACAGUCAUAUUAUCAGGAUUCCCAGAAUCCAAAAAAAAUGUAAACUUAAUUUCUGCUGAAUGGCUUUUUUUUUCUUCAAGUUACACGGAUGAAAAAAUGAUAAAUUUCAAAAUUCUCCAUAAGUACACCCAGUUUUUAGAUGUUGUUACUUUGAAAUAGUACUUUAGAAUUUGUACCAAAUUUUGCAAAAUUCAGCUUCAGGCUAUUCUCAAAAGUAAGUUUGAAGUUCUUAGAUUUUCUGGAGAAUAUUACAGUACAAAUGAACAACGCAAUGACGAAUGUUACUGUAUGAAAUACAAUAAACCUUUGUUGUUUUUACCAGAUAAAGUCAUUACGAUGUCAUUAUGACAUCAUAAACCCCAAGCACAAUUGUGUGCUACUGUCAGACUGACUCACUAAACUACAAGAGUUGAACGAUAUGAAACAGUGAUUUUUUUUCCUUCUUUGGUUCAUGUCUUGUCAAACAAAUAAUGCUGCUUGAUAAAAGUAUACUCUAGGCUAUGUACACUGCUUUUGCCACAGUUACAAUUUUACUGAUUUCCCUUCUAUCAUGUCUAUAUGUAGUGGUUUUGCAUCAUGUAUAUUUCAUUUUCCUGAUUUAAGAAAAGUGCAAUGAAAUUUGAUAGAAUAAAUUUGUGUAUUUCAUGAAGCAGGCAUGUAACUUUUCCUCGGAUCAGCUGAUUUCCUCUUUUUGUACUUCCCAAGUGUGCCAUUGAAAAUAGAAAAACACUGUACAAAGUCUUCAAAAAAUUUGAAUUUCCUCUUUUUUUGUGACUUCACAGUUGCAUGCCUGAUGAAGAGAAUCUCACAAAGUUCAGUAUCAAAUCUAACUAUAGAUCAGCAACCAUUGUGAAGGUUUUAUUUCUUUAUCACAUCUGUAUACCUACAAAUCCUGGUUACUUUUUAGUUGGAACACCCAUCUCGCCAUUGUGGCAUAUCAGUGUUUUUUUUUAAAUCAGCAUGCAAUGACGGAUUAGGAAAUUGAUCUUUACUACGUUUUAUCUAAUAGUGGUGACCAAGAUCAAUGCUCAAGAUUAGUUAAAAGAAUACAGGAACACGAAAGAGUAAAAACGCAGCUGUUAAAGAUAUCGUAUUUUUAAGGAGCUUACUUGUAUUUCUCCAUAUAGUUUCCUUAUGGAAAACACAUUUCGAGAAGAAACAUUUUUUUUGAUACUCGGUUUUGCCCAUUACCAAAAUAUUUUACACUCGCUGUAUAGAUGGAUUGCAUUCAGAUGCCAUAUUGGAGGUGUGAUUUGUUACGUCAAUUCAUUAACAAUGAAUGAACACUGGGUCUCCUCAUGUGUAAUCCCUGUUGAACAAAAGAUGCACACUUCAAAGAUGGCUGCAGUGCAAACAAACUAUAUGUAGUCCGUGAGAGGAUGCAUACAAUAUUCACUUGGUUUCUUCAAGAGAUGUUCUAAUUUCUAGAAUAUGUAACACAUUCAUUGUGUAUGUGUAUUCUUCCAUUUUAUAUACAUGUAAUAUCUAAAGGAUUUGUCAUUUCUCUUCGAUCAUUAGUCAUGUUCUUACUACAUAUUGGUGUGGCUUUCACAGAUUUAUAACGACCUAGAUUAAUGUCAAACAGUAUAUUCAAAGUCUGAUAUAUGCAAAUUCUUAACAGUUUUGUGUUCUAUUAAAACAAAAAGUGUGCUAUGUAGAUAUUAACAUAAUGUAUACAAACAAUGUGGCCAUUGUCACCUUUUGAAGGGUAGGCCUAGGAAUGGUAAUGGAAAAUAAGUGUAGAGGGGUUUCACGAUACAGCAGCUGCACAAGGCCCGAAAUUCUGAAAUUUGCUAAGCUGCCACAAAUUUGCCGGAAUUAUCAGCCAAUUAUGUCAUGCCUAUACCAUUGCCCAUCACUGGCAUCAAAUUAAAAUUUGAAAAAUGACAGCAUACUAGGGGCAAUGAUUGCAGGCACAGGAUGCUUGGUACUAUUAUUUACUUCUGUUGAGUUGGCUGUUUCAGAAUAUUUUGGCUGUGUUUCGAAUGUUUGCACGAAAUUAAUCGCAACAGUAGAACACACAAAAAGAAAGGUACAAGGUAUUAAAUGGGUGCUCAUGAGUUUCAAUAGCCCAUGUUAGGUUUUGACGAUUUUAACUUUAAAAUGUGUUUCAAAUCAUCUUGCAUUGCGGAGUAGCUUAUCUCUCACUGGAGAAAAAAACAUGAAAAUAUUGGCUGAAUUAAAGAUUAAAAAAAUGCAACAAGGCAUCCUAGGAUUGAAGUGUACGUAUAAUAAUGUAGAUGGUUAUAAAGUUAAGAAAUAAAUGCAUUUGGGAAAACAUGUCUGUUCACCGAA